AUGGAAUCGAAAGAAACUUAUAGAGAUCGGCAAGAAAAUGAGCUUGAAGUUUUAAAAAGUAUAUUUGGUGAUGAACUGACUGAUCUAAGAUGUGAACAAGAAAAAGCAAAAUUUCUUAAUAUUAAAAUUGACUUGACACCUCAGAAAGAUUCAAAGAUUUCACAAGUUUUUUGCGGCAUAAGUCUUCAUGUUAUAUGCCCGAAAAACUAUCCAAAAGUCACACCAAAGAUUAUUCUUGAAAAUCCAAAAGGGCUUCAAGAUGAAGAUGUUGUCAAACUUCAAAAUCUUCUUAAUAAGGAAGCUUACAAAUUUCGGGGUGAAGUGAUGAUAUUUGAGUUGUGUCAACUUAUUCAAAACUUCCUUCAUGAUCACAACAGACCUCAAGUUCCCAUAGAUCUACCUAUUAGUGAAUCUUUUUAUGAUACUAUGCUCAAGAAUAAACAAAUUCAAGAUCAAAAGAGACAGGAAGAAAUUGACAAGCAAGAGAAAAGAACGAAGGAACAAUUUCAAAGUGACAUCAUCAAGAGAAAGGAGCAACUUCUGAAGGAAAGUAAAAAAAGACGUUCAACUGUAAGUGAAUCCUCUCCCAGACAUACAUCGUCAAACAAUUCAGAAGAUUCAAAACAUCUCAUUGAAGUGUGUGAAGAUCAUCGUCACAGCGAAAUAAUUUACAUUCCAUUAACCGGAAGGAAAAUUCAGAAAGGAGCAUGUCUUGGUCACUCUCAAAAAGGGUGCAUCAAUUAUUCUGGUAUUGAUAUGACUACUGGACAACUUCUUUAUAUAACUGAAUGGACCAUAACAAACUCUCAACUAGAAAUGAAAAAUCUUAAACCUGAUGAAUUGAUUGAAACCAUUGAGAAGAAAAUUUCUGAUUUAUCAAAACUUCAUCACAAAUAUCUUGUUUCUUAUGAAGCUGUUGUUGCGACGAAAAGAAAAGACUUUAUUCAUAUUCUUCUUGUUCAAGAAUUUCUGCUUGGAAUAAGCAUCUACAAUAUUUCUAGUGGACUUGGAUGGUCAUCAGAAGGAGCGAGUAUCGUUGCGAAGGGUGUUCUUGAAGCUUUAAUAUUUCUGCAUAACAAUGGAGUGUCACAUGGAAAUAUUCUCGAUUCUAAUGUUUUCAUGGAUAAUUCAGGAAUUAUUCGAAUCAGUGAUUUCAGUUUUGUUCCUUAUCUUCAAGAUCUUAUGUACGAUGAAUCACCAUCAGCAGAUUUGCCUUCACUUGGUUCACUCAUAGAAACUUUAAUUCCAACGCCACAUUUAGAAAUGAGAGAUUUCAUCAAUCAUUGCAAAAGUGAGAGAACAUUAUCAGGAUCGGAUCUGUUAAAUCAUAGAUUUUUGUAUCCAAUGAUUGAAAAUCCAAAUUCGGAACUUUCAGAGGAGAAAAAAUUCCUUCCAAACUUUCCACCGCCAGUUGAACGUUCGCAACAAGUUUCGACUUUAUUUAUGGCUCCUGUAGCUGCUUCUGAUCAUUCAAGAUUAGAAAAAGAGUUUGAAAUGAUAGCUUUUAUUGGUCAAGGAGCUUAUGGUGAUGUCUUAAAAGUGAGAAAUAUCCUUGAUAAUCGUCAAUACGCAAUCAAACGCAUUCCUCUGUCAGUCAAAAAUAUUCAACUUUACAAGAAAAUGACAAGAGAAGUCGAACUCCUUUCCAGAUUAAAUCACGAGAAUGUUGUUCGAUAUUUCAACAGUUGGAUAGAAACACAAGAAACGGCAUUGACAGAAAAAAGUGAAGAAGAUGAAAGUGAAAUGUCGUUUAGUUUCAACAGGAAUUCAAUGGUGAAAACUCGUAGUCAGAAUCAUUUAGCGAGUAUGACUGUUGAUGACGAUUCUUCAGAAGAUGAUGAUGAUGAUGAUAAUGAUGAUUCAUUUAGCGUAGGGUGGAAAAACUUCCUCGGCAAACCAGCUAAAAAUCUAACAAGUUCUGAUAACUCUGAUGGAAUUGAAUUUGUUGAUUCUCAGGGUCGAGUUGUGGAAUAUGAAGACGAAUACAAUGACGACGUUGAAAAUGGAAAUAACAAAAAAUAUAAAAAUGCUGAUCAUAAAGUCAAGAGAAACAUCAUUCUUUAUAUUCAAAUGGAAUUUUGUGAAAAGUCAACUCUGCGAACAGCAAUUGAUGGAAAUCUUUAUCUUGAAAAAGAGAGAUUAUGGAAAUUAUUUAGAGAGAUUGUUGAAGGCUUGGCUCAUAUUCAUCAGCAAGGAAUGAUUCAUAGAGAUUUAAAACCAGUAAAUAUUUUCCUGGAUUCUAAAGAUCAUGUUAAAAUUGGAGAUUUUGGAUUAGCCACAACAAGCGUCUUGGCUUUACAACAUCAACUACAAGCUGACGAGAGUCAAAUUGCCAAUAAUCAACAUCAGCUUAUGUUAGGCGAUUCUCAAACUGGUCAAGUAGGAACAGCGCUUUAUGUUGCACCUGAACUCGCAGGAAAUGCUUCUAAAUCCACAUACAAUCAAAAGGUCGACCUUUAUAGUCUUGGAAUAAUUUUCUUUGAAAUGUGCACGCCUCCAUUAACAACUGGAAUGGAAAGAAUCAAAGUUAUAGCAAGUUUGAGACAAUCAGACGUUUGUUUACCCCAAAAGAUUUUAUCUGAUGAAAGCCACAAAAAUGAAGUUCAACUUUUGAAAUGGCUUCUUGAUCAUAAUCCAAAUAAACGUCCAACGAGUGAAGAACUUUUGCAAUCUGAUUUGUUGCCACCUGCAAAGUUAGAAGCUUAUGAACUCCAAGAACUUAUGCGAAACGUUUUAGCUAAUCCUCAAAGUCGAAAUUAUAAAUAUUUAAUUGCAAGAUGCUUAGCGCAAGAGAGUGACAAAGUCUGUCAAUUAACUUAUCACACUGCUAUGGUGCAAAUUUCACCAGUCUUUGAGAAUGUCAAGAAUAAAAUUAUUCAAGUAUUCAGAAAACAUGGAGCGAUUGAUGUUAGUACACCUCUUCUGUCUCCAUACACAAAGAAUGCAUCAACGGAUUCAACAGUUAAGUUGAUGUCCCAUUCAGGAUUAAUUGUUACACUUCCUUAUAAUCUUCGUGAACCUUUGCUUAAGUACGUCGCAUUAAAUGGAAUAAUUUUCCUCCGUCGUUACUCUAUCGGACGCGUGUAUCGUGAGAAGAAAAUUUAUAAUUUUCAUCCAAAGCAGAAUUAUGAGAUUGCUUUUGACAUUGUGACACCGAUUCUUGGACAACUUUUAGUCGAUGCUGAACUCAUAUCAAUUGCAAAUGAAAUUGUUCGAGAACUUGAUAUGCUUGGACAAAAAACCAUCACAUUUCGAAUCAAUCACACAAGUUUAUUACGGGCUAUUUUUCUUUAUUUUUCUGUUCCGAAGGAAAAAUAUAAAAACAUUCUUUCACUUGUUUCCGAUUGCUUCGAAGGAAAAAUUUCGAGAUUAAAUUUCAAAGAUUCAGUAAAAACUUUAUUACCAGGAAAAGAUCAAUUGAUAGAAAUUUUAUUGAUGUCUGAUUGUUCAAUAACUUCCGUCAAUAGUACAAUACUUAAAGUGUUGCUAAAAGGACGUGGCGAAGCUUCAUCACUUGCCAAAGGUGCCAUUCGAGAACUUGAAAAUGUCAUAAAUUUAAGUCAGAGCUUAGGUGUGAACAUCCCAAUCAAUUUAUGUGUCGGGUUCUCCAAUGGCUAUGAAAACAUGAGUUCUGGAAGUAUUGUCUGGCAAAUGAUUGGAGAAUUAAAGCCUGGGAAACUUACAGUUUUAGCUUGUGGAGGAAGAUAUGACAAUGCACUAGAUGACUAUCAAAAAACUGCCCAAAAUUCUGGAAUGUCUGUCGUUACCCGAAAUAUGUACUGUGCUGGCUUUUCAAUGGCUCUUGAUAAACUUGUCAUGUGCCUUAGUCAAUCAAAUGAUCUCAAUAUUUAUCGUACAGUGGUUGAUUUGGUAGUUUAUGUGACUGGGACUCGCACGCCACUUAAAGAAGUCACGCCUAUUUUGAAAUCUCUUUGGAGCGCUGGCAUUAAGUCUUGUUUUUUGGAAGCUUCAAGUUCAAAGGAAGACGAAGAUUCAUGGGCUCGAGAUUUAGGAGCUAAUCAUAUAAUUGUGAUUGGUGAAGAUGGACGCUUAAGAUACAAAACAUGGCAACAAGAUCGCUACUUUGAAAAAAAUGUUACAAAAUCUGAAAUUAUCGAAUAUGUGAAACGAAAUUUAAAUGUAGACUCUAAUUUAAUGUCUGAUAAUUUUAACCACCUAUUACAUCGCAAUAGUUCAGUGACAAGUAUAUCAAGUAAGAAUUUCGAUGUGCCAACAUCUGGAGUACCAGCAUUGGAUGUAAUCUUUGUGAUGACAACGAAAAUAAAUCAAAAUAAUAGAAGACGAAUUGAGAAUCAAGUUGAACAGAGAUUGAAUGCAACUAUGAAGAAAUUUAGCAAGAAGGAAACAUUAGCUAUCUUCGUGAUCGAACUUGAUACAAAACAAGUUAAAUCACUGAUCAGUUGUAUUGAUCCUAAUCCAGAAGAUCAAUCAGAUUGUGAUUUUGAUGCUUUAAAGGAGAAAUUUCCGAAAUACAAGCAGAAAUAUCUUCAAGAAAUUUAUGAUGAAAUCACCGAAAGACUGGAAAAGAAUAAACAUUCUGGGAUUGUUGGAAUUUAUAGUUCACCAGAUUCAUAUUUUCGUCUUAUUCUUUAAAUAUCCUUAAUCAAGAUUUUGAACUUCCAGAUUGCAUUUCUCUUCUAUUUUAUUCUGUUAAACGAUGCAUUUAUACAAAGAAACUACUAAUGUAAAAUAAAAUUAUUUCUUAUGUUUUUAUACCGUAACAA